AUGGCGUUAACCUCUUCUCGUCGUCAAUGGAAAUACGAUGUGUUUCUAAGUUUCAGGGGGGAAGAUACCCGCUUGGGUUUUACCACUCAGCUGUAUUCUGCACUAAUUGGGAAAGGAAUUCUCACCUUUAUGGAUGACGCAGAGCUUGAGAAAGGAAAAUCCAUUAGGCCUGAACUUUUAGCUGCAAUUGAGGACUCUAGAUCUGCCAUUGUCAUUCUCUCAAAGAAGUAUGCUGCUUCGUCAUGGUGCUUGGAUGAACUCGUCAAGAUUAUUCAAUGCAUGAAAGAUAUGGGCCAACAAGUCUUCCCCGUCUUCUACGGCGCGGAUCCUUCUGAUGUGCGGCACCAAACGGGAAGUUUUGAGCUCAUCAAAUGGGAACACCAAGUAGAUGUUUAUGGGAAGUUUAUGGGAAGAAUGAGGACAGACUAUAUGCGUGGAGAGCUGCUGGAUGGAUACGAAUGGAGAGUAAUGAACAUCCAAUAUGAAACAAGAAUAAUUGAGGAAAUUGUUAAUCAUAUACUAAAGAAGUCCGUGUAUACAUCUUCAAGUGUUGACAAGGGCUUAAUAGGAAUGCAUUCCCGCAUUGAUGAUUUAUUAAGCAAUUACAUAUAUCCGCAGCUUGGUGGGGUGCGUUUUAUAGGCAUCCAUGGAAUGAGGGGCAUAGGUAAGACAACACUUGGUCGAGCUAUCCAUGAUCAAAUUUGUCAGGAUUUUGAUCAAAGCUGCUUUCUUUCCAAUGUUAGAGAAAUGUCUAAAAACAAUGGCCUGGUUUCUCUACAAGAAAAACUUCUUUCCAGAAUCCUGCUGGCAAAAAUUGAAAAUAUAGAGGAUGAAUACACAGGAGCUGCUAUGAUACAAAGGCGGUUGUGUAGAAAAAAGGUGCUUGUUGUUAUUGAUGAUGUGGAUCAGUUGACACAAUUAGAGAAAUUGGCUGGAAGUCGCAACUGGUUCGGUCUAGGGAGUAGAAUUAUCAUAACCACCACAGAUGUUCAGUUGUUAAAGGCACAUGAUGUUGAUGCUACAUACAAGGCUAACGGGUUAAACUGUGAUGAAGCACUUCAACUUUUGAGUUUGAAGGCUUUCAAGAAAUGUCCCCCACCAGAAGAUUAUUUGCAUCUGUGCUACCUUAUUUUAGGGUAUGCUCAAGGGCUUCCGUUGGCUCUCGUGGUUUUAGGUUCUUUUCUGUCUGGUAGAAGGGCUGAUAAAUGGGCAAGUGCAAUAGAUAGGCUGAGGAGCACACCAGACAAACGCAUUAUUGACGUGCUUCGGAUUAGUUUUGAUGACCUGCAUAAAAAAGAGAAAGAAAUAUUCCUACAUAUUGCUUGCUUUUACAAGGGGAAGGAUAAGGAU